AUGAGGCGCAGCAGGGGCCGCCCUGCUGCGCAGUACAACCAGGGAGCGAGAAGGGCCUUUCAGAGGGCAAUAAAAGCAGCAAGAGAAUCUCCCCCCAGGAGAGCAGCAGCAGCAGGAGCAGCAGCAGCAGCAGCAGCAGCAGGGGAUCGAGAAGCAAGGCAGCAGCGCAGCAGCGCGCCGCGGCAGAAGCAGCAGGCAGCCUGCUGCAGCAGCAGCAGCAGCAGCAGACGGGGCUCCUGCUGCUGUGGACAAAGACGUGGCGGAAUAUGCUGCGCGGAAAAUAAGAAAAGUGACGGCAGAAGACAUCGGGAGAGCUGGUGCGGGGUGUACGUACCGCCCUUCAAGCUCGCCCGGCUGCAGCAGCAAACCAGCGACAGCAAAAGCCACGCCUACCAGCGGCAGAUGUGGGAGGCGCUUCGCAAGAGCAUCAACGGGCUGGUGAACAAGGCCAACGUUUCCAACUUGACGCAGCUCGUCCAGGAGCUGUUUCGGGAGAACCUGGUGCGGGGGCGGGGCCUGUUUUGCCGCGCGCUGAUUCGCUCGCAGCUGGCGAGCCCGGGCUUCACUGGGGUGUAUGCGUCUUUGCUGUGCAUCGUGAACAGCAAGUUGCCAGACAUCGGCGAACUUGUUUUAAAAAGACUUAUUUUGCAAUUCAGGCGCGCGUACCGGCGAAACGACAAAGUAGUGUGUUUGGCCUGCGUGGAGUUUUUCGCUCAUUUGGUGAAUCAGCGAAUAGCCCACGAGCUGCUCGCGCUGCAGCUCUGCGAGUUGCUGCUGCAGCAGCCCACCAACGACUCCGUCGAAGUCUGCAUCGGGUUUCUCAAGGACGUUUGCAGGGGCGGCUUCGAUGCUGCUUUUGAGCGGCUGCGGGCCAUUUUGCAAGAAGGAGAAAUUGACAAAAAAACUCAAUACUCAAUUGAGGCUCUUUGGGACAUUCGCAGGAAAGGAUUCAAAGACUUCCCAGGGGUAAUUGAAGAACUGGACCUGGUGGAGGCUGAAGACAAAAUAACUCACGAAGUGGAUCUUCUGGACUCUUCAAUUCGAGGAGAAGAAAUGCUAAACAUUUUCAAACCCCAGGAUCCCGAAGAGUACGAGGCGGAUGAGAAGAAGUGGGCGGCGCUUUCUAGAGAAAUCCUUGGAGAGGAAUCCACAGAUGCUGAUGCUUCUUCUGAGGACUCGGAGGCGGAGUCUUCCAGCGAAGAGGAAGCAGAAGAAACUGCAGAACCAGGCAAGAAGCAAACAGUGGUGAAGGACUUGACGGACCAAGAAGUUGUUUGUCUUCGAAAGACAAUUUAUCUUUGCAUUAUGUCUUCCCUCAACGCUGAAGAAUGCGUCCACAAGAUCCUCAAAAUGAACAUCCAAGAGGACCUGGAGAUGGAAGUUGCGGUGAUGCUGAUCGACUGCUGCUCCAUGGAAAGAACUUUUCAGCGCUUCUUCGCGCUGCAGGCCGAAAGGCUCGCCAAACUCAAAACUGCUUACUGCGAAUGUUUCCAGGAGGCCUUCAAGCGGCAAUACGCCCUCGCCCAUCGACUCGAAACGGCGAAGCUGCGAAAUACCGCGAAGUUCUUUGCCCACCUUCUGAUGUCUGACGCGAUUCCGUGGUCCGUGUUGGAGGUGUUUGAGUUGAGCGAAGAACAAACAACAUCUUCGGGAAGAAUUUUUUUGAAAGUUUUGCUGCAAGAAAUCAGCGAGGGUUUGGGAAUCAAAACCCUAAAUGAGCGACUCCGCCACCCCGACUUGAAGCCCUACGUCAAG